AUGCUCACCUCGGCAGCCACGACCUCGCGCCGCGCCCUGCUGCUGGCACGCACCGUCCCCGCGGCCGCGCGCGCGUCCUCCGCCUCGGCGUCGGCCUCGGCGUCCUCCCCCUCCCCCGACGCCGCCGCCCGCCCGGUCGAAGUGUCGUUCACGCCGAAGUACAUUGUCGAACGGACCUCGACGGGCCAGCUGCCCGUCUACUCGGACUUUAGGAACGGGGGGAACGCGACGACUGUCGUCAGGAGGGUCAAGGGGAAUGUUUUGGCGCUCAGACAAGACCUGGCCAACUACCUCGCCGACGGGCACAUCGACCCCAUCUCCAAGCCGCCAUCGGUGGUCAUCAAGCCGACCAGCAAGCAGAUCGAGGUGCGCGGCCGGUGGGUCGAGGAGGUGAAGGGGUGGUUGGAGAUGCGGGGGUUCUAG